GCUGACUCGGCCAGAUCACCAACUCGAGUUGGUCGAGUUUCCGGCUUAUAGAUCACUGAUAACGGAGAUCUCCCGUCCUAAGUCCGAGCCCUUAGUCUAGCAUCCGUAGAUUCUAUACUCUAGAUUCGAGUUUCAUUUGCAUGUUGUUGCGGUUGCUGAGUACACGUUAUUGCUGGUGUCUUGGAGAGCGGAGACGCGGGGAAACAAUCCAACUGCGAAAACUACUUCCGGCGAAACAUAUCUCCAUUCAGAUGGCAGGGCGAAGAAACGAAGAAAUCGAGAAGAGAGGUAGGGCAGCUGUGGUGGUUCUUGGCGAUAUCGGUCGAAGUCCCCGAAUGCAGUACCAUGCUCUUUCCCUUGCUCGUCAGGCAUCUUUGGAGGUGGACAUUGUUGCAUAUGGGGGUUCUGAACCACAUGCUGCAGUUGUAGAUAAUCCAGCAAUUCAUAUUUACAAAAUGCCACAAUGGCCAACAAGCACCAAGGGUCUACCAAGGAUACUCUACCCAUUGAUGCUUUUGCUUAAGCCAUUAUUUCAGUUUUUUAUGCUUCUGUGGUUUCUGUGUGUUAAAAUACCUUCUCCAGAUGUUUUCCUUGUACAGAAUCCACCUUCUGUUCCAACAUUGGUUGCUGUGAAAUGGGCAAGCAGGCUGAGACGUUCCGCUGUUGUUGUGGAUUGGCAUAAUUUUGGAUAUACUCUGUUGGGUUUGUCCCUUGGAAGGAGCAGUCGCUUUGUCACAGCAUACCGAUGGAUUGAAAAGAAUUAUGGGAAGAUGGCAAAUGGAUCCUUGUGUGUUACAAAGGCAAUGCAACUUGAGUUGGUUCAUAACUGGGGAAUCAAAGCAACUGUUCUAUACGAUCAACCUCCAGAGUUUUUCCAUCCUGCCUCACUUGAGGAGAAACACAAGCUAUUCUUCAGACUGAACAAAUACCUCACUGAUCCUCAUGGCAUUCAUGAUUGUGUCAGCUUUGGAACUAUGGGUAUUGGCAGCAGUGAUUUGAAUGGGACACUCUUUACAACCCAGGUUUCCACUGGCAUUCUUUUGAAGCAGAAUAGGCCAGCCCUUAUUGUUAGCAGUACAAGCUGGACUCCAGAUGAAGAUUUCGGCAUGCUUUUGGAAGCUGCAGUGAUGUAUGAUAGGCGUGUUGCUGCUAUCUUAAACGAGGAUGACUUGGAUAAGAAUGAAGUGCUUUGGGAGAAUAUGUGCAAUGGAAAACAAUACUUGUACCCGAGGUUGUUAUUCAUCAUUACUGGAAAAGGUCCAGAAAGAGAGAAGUAUGAAGAGAAAAUAAGGAGACUAAAUCUGAAACGUGUGGCCUUUUGUACCAUGUGGCUUUCUGCUGAGGAUUACCCAUUGCUUCUUGGGUCAGCAGACUUGGGUGUUUGCCUCCAUACUUCCUCUUCUGGCUUGGAUCUUCCCAUGAAAGUUGUGGAUAUGUUUGGAUGUGGAUUGCCUGUUUGUGCCGUUUCCUUCUCAUGCAUUGAAGAACUUGUAAAAGUUGAGGAAAAUGGUCUCCUUUUCUCAUCAUCUUCUGAGCUAGCUGAUGAACUUCUGAUGCUCUUUAAGGGGUUUCCUGAUGCAUGUGAUGAUCUGAAGUCAUUGCGGAGAGGUGCAUUGCAGAAAGGAUCUUCUGCAAAGUGGGCUACUGAGUGGGAAGAACAUGCCAAACCGCUAAUAUCUAAGGUCAUCUCUAGGAAUCAUGAUUGAUAGCCAGCCACAAAAUUUCAGGUUGAGGUGUUGGGUGUAAAUUGGACGGAUUAGAUCGGGUUGAGGUCAGCACUAACCCAACCCGAUGACUUCUGGUUGACUUGAUUUUGUCACUUAUUUUUGUUAGAUUACUCAUUGUUUAGACUUAAGAUUGGCAGAUUGAUUGACUUUUAAUAUUAUCACAUGUAUGGUGCUUUAGGAAUUAGGAAUACUUGUGUUACACUGGGAAACGUAUGUAACUUGAUGCAUUGGCCAUCCAUGCAUACAUAUUUAUUUAAUAUUUAUAUAUAGAAAGGAAAAGGCCAUUACUUGGUCUAAUGGUAA